CCCAAGGGGGAGCCGGCAGCAAGCAACGCCCGGCUGCUGCCGAGUUAACAACUGCAUGCGGGGCUACACUGGGUGUGCAAAACAUGGGGAAGAAAAGAGGAGGCUGGAGAAAAUUUUUCUGUUGUACUGGCCCACCGGAAACGCAGUCUUCAACAUGCCUUAAUAUCGCUUCGUCUGAGCAAUUUAAGCCUCCCUCAGAGCUAGACCCCUCGGAACCAGACCCCUCAGAGGUAGAGCCAGACCAGGACCCGGAAGAUGGCUUGUAUGUUGAGAAUGAGAUACAAACUUCUAAAAUGGAUAUCCCAGAAGGAAACAGGUGGAGGUGGUCUCGAUUGCACAAAGAAGUGGAGCAGCAAACCUCAAGGACGGCUGUACUCAUUCCAGAGAUAGAGACGUCAUCCGAGGCGGAUGUUCAGGUCCAAACCUCGUUUUCGAGCCUGCCAAGAGGAAGGGAGGCCCAGGCGCAAACUUCAUUUCUCUCCCUGCGGUCUCCAACCCCAGUAGAAAAUGACGCGCAAGUGCAGACUUCAUUUAUGGAAUUGCCAAGAGAGGCAGAAGCUCAAGUGCAAACAUCCUUGCUUUCGUUACCUGGAGAAAAGGAGAUGCAUGCCCAAACCUCGUUUAGCUCGUUGCCAGAAAGGAGGUCUGUGGCAUCUUUUGCAGGAUCUGCCCAGUCCUCUUCCUCCUAUCUAGAGUUGUUGGAGAAGUUUCCCUCUCUGCCCAUGUUAUCUGAGGCCCAGGUGCAGACCUCACAUCUUGAUAUAAGAGUUCCUUCGGAGAUAGACAUCCAGUUGCAGACUUCGUUUUUGGACUACAUGUCAGAAAGAGAGUAUGCAUCCUCCUCUGAGCCCCAGAGUAAGUUAUCACCCCAGUCAUCAGUGAUAGAACAAACCACGAUAUAUCCCGUAUAUAUUGAUACUGGGGUACAAACUAUACCUGUGGAAAUACCGCCUGGCAACGACUGGCGUUCUGCACGGUUAAAUACUGCGGCUCAGGUGCAAACGUCCUUUGCUUCGAUGACAGAACAACGGCCAAUGCUUGGGUUAGAAAAAGACAAGGAGACAGCAGGAGAAGUGGAAUCCCUUUUUUCCAUAGAAGAGGCACCUCUGCCUUUUGAACGGACUGAAAGAGCUAUGCAGACAUCUGAGUCAUUGCUUCGGCAGUGGAAGAAAUGGCAUUCAUUACAGCCACAAUCUGAUGCACAGGUGCAAACCUCCACCAUCGAACUACUAAAGAGGCUUUCUUUGCUAUCCCGGAUUCAGAGCAUGGAAUCAGCUUCCCGUGCCGAGUUACUAAAGAAAGCUUCCUCCCUGUCAGUGGGUGAACCCCACAUGCAAACUUCAAGUCCUGAAUUACUGAGGAAGGCUUCUUCUUGGUCAAACUCUGGGGUCCAAGACCAGAUCUUAAGUGAUGAGCUGCUGAAGAAGCGUCCAUCUUCAGCACAAGUGCUUAGAACCUCAGAUUAUGAACUGGCAAGGUUGUUAUCUCCCAAGUCAACAACCAAGGAGGCCCAGAUUCAAACAUCUGAGGUAGAACUCAUUAAUAAACUUUUGUCAGAUAGGUCAACAGACACUCUCUUCCGAAAGUCCUCUUCUGCGUCAUAUAUCAAACCCCAGGAGAGGACCUCAGACACUGAUUUCCCAAAGUCCCAUUCUGCAUCAUUUGCAAAAACUCCGGAGAAGAUAUUGGACAGUGAUUUCCAAAGCUAUGCUUCUAUGUCACAUGCUGAACCCCAGAAGAGGGUAUCAGACACUGAUAUUCAAAAGUACUCUUCUUUGUCAUUGAUUGAGGGUGGGGAUGAUAAUCAAGAAGCUUUAACAGAAGGGAAGGAGUUCCUUAUUACCCCACAGGUGAUGGAAGCUCAGAUCCGCAAAUGGUAUCAUGAACUCCCAGAAGUUCAGACCUCAGCCUCUCAAAAAGAGCCUCUUUGGACACCAACAAUUGACAGUGAGGUACAAACAUCGCAUGUUGAAAUACCAUAUGGAAACAAGUGGCGUGAAUCACGUUUGCAAACCGAAGCUCAGGUGCAGACUUCAGGGCUUAAAGUACCUGUGGAAAAAGCUGAGUCCUUUCCCCAACUGCAGAAGGCUAACCAGACCCAAACAUCCUUGCUUGAAAUAUGGCGAGCAAGAGAGUUAGCUGAAGCCCAGAACCAGACUUGCGGCUUCGAUGAAGCUGAAACAGGGGAGUUCCCUCACGCAUUACUAGUUGAUAGCCACGCACAAACAUCAGAUUUUGACUUUUGGAAAGCAAAGGAACAAAUGGAUAUUGAAACACAGACUUCAGUAGACAAAAUUCUACAGCAAGGAAUCAGGCCUUCUCCCACUGAACAGGUUGACAAGCUGGUGCAGACAUCUUUUCUUGAUCUGGGGAAAUCAAAAGACUACAUGCAGCAGAAGGCAUCUGGGACAGACUUAACGGAGCCUGAAAGAACGUAUUUCACCCCAUUACAAAGUGACUUUGAAGUGGAGACUGAUACUCAGGCACAACGCUCCAUCUCUGAUUUCCUAGAGGCACAAAAAGAGCCUUCUCUGGCGCAACAAACCAAUGCUGAGGUGCAAACCUCAAAUAUCGAAAUACCUGGGGGGAGCUCAUGGCGUUCAUCACGCUUGCAUUCUGAUGUUCAACAGCAAACUUCACUGGAAUUUGACGAGGAAGAAUCAGAAGCUUUUCCCUCAUCACAAAAGGACAUUCAGUCACAAACCUCCCUUCUUGACAUAUGGAAGGCAAAACAGCUCCAUGAUGCCCAGAUCCAAACUUCUUGGAUGGAUUUCCCAACAGAUGUGGAAGAUCCUUUUCUCUCACCACAGUCUGAAAGCCCAUCUGAGUACUUUAUGCCUGAGGAAGAACAGUCUCCUCCACCGGCUCUACUGGAUGCUCAGAUGCAAACCUCCCUCCUUGACAUCUGGAAGGCAAAAGAACUCCAUAAUGCCCAGAAGCAAACUUCUUGGAUAGAUGUGCCAGAACCCAUGGAAGAACCUUUUCUCCCACCACAGUCUGAAAGCCCAAUUGAGCCACAUAUGCUUGAGAUGGAAGAGGCUCCUCUACCAGGCAGAACUGACAACCAGGUGCAAACCUCCUUCUCUGACAGGUGGUGGAAGAAAGAACGAGUGGACGCUGAGAUGCAAAGUUCCCUGGCAGAUUUGCCACAGGGCACCAAGGUAGUGCCUCUUCUCCCACCACAGUCUGAAAGCCCACUUGAGCCAGCUGAGCUUGAGAUAAAAGAGGCUCCUCCUCCGACCAGAAUGGAAAACCAGGUGCAAACCUCCUUCUCUGACAUAUGGCGGAAAAAAGAACGAGCGGACGCUGAGAUGCAAAGUUCUCUGGGAGAUUUGCCACAAGUCACAAAGGUGGUGCCUCUGCUACCACAGCCUGAAAGCCCAACUGAGCCAGCUGUGGUUGAGAAAGAAGAGGCUGCUCCUCCAACCAGAAUGGACAACCAGGUUCAAACCUCCUUCUCUGACAUAUGGCGGAAAAAAGAACGAGCAGAUGCUAAGAUGCAGAGUUCCCUGGCAGAUUUGCCACAAGUCACCAAGGUGGUGCCUCUGCUACCACAGCCUGAAAGCCCAAUUGACCCACCUGAGCUUGAGAUAAAAGAGGGUGCUCCUCCAACCAGAAUGGACAACCAGGUUCAAACCUCCUUCUCUGACAUAUGGCGGAAAAAAGAACGAGCGGAUGCUAAGAUGCAGAGUUCCCUGGCAGAUUUGCCACAAGUCACGAAGGUGGUGCCUCUGCUACCACAGCCUGAAAGCCCAACUGAGCCAGCUGUGGUUGAGAAAGAAGAGGCUGCUCCUCCAGCCAGAAUGGAAAACCAGGUGCAAACCUCCUUCUCUGACAUAUGGCGGAAAAAAGAACGAGCGGAUGCUAAGAUGCAAAGUUCCCUGGCAGAUUUGCCACAAUCUGAAAGCCCAAUUGACCCACCUGAGCUUGAGAUAAAAGAGGGUGCUCCUCCAACCAGAAUGGACAACCAGGUGCAAACCUCCUUCUCUGACAUAUGGCGGAAAAAAGAACGAGUGGAUGCUAAGAUGCAGAGUUCCCUGGCAGAUUUGCCACAAGGCACCAAGGAGGUGCCUCUGCUACCACAGUCUGAACGCCCAACUGAGCCAGCUGAGCUUGAGAUAAAAGAGGGUGCUCCUCCAACCAGAAUUGACAACCAGAUGCAAACCUCCUUCUCUGACAUAUGGCAGAAAAAAGAACGAGCGGAUGCUGAGAUACAAAGUUCUCUGGGAGAUUUGCCACAGGUCACCAAGGUGGUGCCCCUCCUACCACAGUCUGAAAGCCCAAUCGAGCCAGCUGUGGUUGAGAUAAAAGAGGCUGCUCCUCCAGGCAGAAUGGACAACCAGGUACAAACCUCCUUCUCUGACAUAUGGCGGAAAAAAGAACGAGCGGACGCUGAGAUGCAAAGUUCCCUGGCAGAUUUGCCACAAGGCACCAAGGAGGUGCUUCUCCCAUCAAAAGCUGAAAGCCCAAUACAGUCACCCAUGCCUGACUCAGUAGAUACAGCUCCUGAAUUUCCUCCCCCAACUGAACCUAAGGAGCCAACUUCCUUACCUGAAAUGCCCGAGACGUUGAAGCCAGUGGAUGUUCCAAAGUCACUUCCCCCAUCACCAAGUGGCAGCAAGGACCAGACCUCCCAGCCUGAUAUGCAGACGCCAGAAGAAUUACCCAUAGUGCAGGAGAAGUCUUCGAAGACCAGUUUGGCAAGUGCCAAAGCUGUAACUCCUGUCUCAUCACACACGUCUUUGAGCCCUGUUCCAUCACAAACUGCUGUCUCUCCCGCCCACUCUCGCACUGCUGUCUCUCCUGCCCUCUCUCGCACUGCUGUCUCUCCCGCCCACUCUCGCACUGCUGUCUCUCCUGCCCUCUCUCGCACUUCUGUCUCUCCUGCUCACUCUCGCACCGCUGUCUCUCCUGCCCACUCUCGCACCGCUGUCUCUCCCGCCCACUCUCGCACUGCUGUCUCUCCUGCCCUCUCUCACACUGCCUCUCCCUCCCACUCUCGCACUGCUGUCUCUCCUGCCCUCUCUCGCACUGUCUCUCCUGCCCUCUCUCGCCCUGCUGCCUCUCCAGCUUCCUCCCACCCUCCUGUUUCUCCUGUCCCGCCAUACACUCCUGUAUCUCCUGCCGCAUCAGAAAUUCCCAGCCCAGUUCGACCGCCCUCACCUGCAUCGCUGUACGCAGAGGAGCAGCACUCUGACCUUGCAGAGCAGAAAAGAGCUUCAAUGGAAAAAACAUUGCUGGAAUUAUGGACCACACGAGAGGAGGCCGAGGUUCAAAAGCAAACUGACCAACUUCAGCUUCACCUUGAGGAUUUGCCUUUAUUCCCAAAGCUGGAAGACAGCCAGGUGGAGAUUUCAGAGGUGAUGAAACCUGAAGGGAAGAAACCAAAACAAGUGUCUAAAGUGGCGAAAAAGUCGAAAGCUCCUGCGUUUGCUGAAGCCCAGGUCCAGACCUCGUUUGUCGAAAUACCCCGGGGGAAGAAAUGGCGUGCAUCUCGCAUAUUUGCGGAGGCCCAAGUCCAGACUUCUUUUCAAGACCUCCAUGUGAAAGAAAGGGCCCCGGUUUUGCGUGAUCACGUGGCAGCCAAAAGGGUACCAAGGGGACCGAAGCGAGCAGCGCCUGUGUCCGUGCACUUACACGUAAAGAUGUCUCCAAAGCGUCAAACUAGCAAUGAAAAGAAAUAGUGAAUUCUUGAAUUUAAAGAAAUAAAAGAUUGCAAAAUUCCAGAAACUUAA